UCCGUUCCUCCGCCGCCGACCAGUCAGCUGGCGCUCCGGCUGGGGUCAUCCGCCUCUAACCAAUGAUCUCCGGCUGUACCGGUUCCGUGCUCUGCAGCCUUCCUGCGCCUGCAGCCAAUCAGCGCGCAGGUCUGUACAGCGCCGUGCGAAUGCUUGGCCGGGCGUGGGUCACCUCCGGGCCCGGGAAGAUGGCCCAGAAGCUGGCGCUCUGGCGGUUGCUGUCCCUCGCCCCCCGCACACUGCCCCCACCACGACCAUGGGCUGGGCUCCCCCAACGAGUGCCCCAUGGCCCCCUGGUGUCCCCUGGCCCCACAGCCCCUGGUAGGGCCCUGGCCACCCCGGCGGGCUGCGGGAGCACCUUUAACGUGCAGGACGGCAGUGACUUCCAAGACCGCGUGGUGAACAAUCCCAAACCCGUGGUGGUGGAUUUCCAUGCACAAUGGUGUGGCCCCUGCAAGAUCCUAGGCCCCAGGUUAGAGAAGAUGGUGGCCAAGCAGGAGGGGAAGGUGCUGAUGGCUAAAGUGGACAUUGAUGAUCACACAGACCUUGCUAUUGAAUACGAGGUGUCAGCAGUGCCAACUGUGCUGGCUAUGAAGAACGGAGAUGUUGUGGAUAAGUUUGUGGGGAUAAAAGAUGAGGAUCAGCUGGAAGCAUUCCUCAGGAAACUCAUCGGAGCCUGAAGUAAAAAGGGCUUUCGAUGCUGCUUCUCUGACUUCCCAAUCUGAUCAGACCCAUUGUUGGUGCUGCUGAAUCCAGGACUCCGGGAAAAAGGACUCUCCUGUGUGCAGAGGAACACUGGCUUAUUGCACAUAACAAACUUGCUCAGCACCCCCCACACACCCAGGGUGCUUUUUUCAGUCCUUUCCUGGUUGAGGAGUCUGAGAGCCUCCUUCUCCCUUAUGUGAAUAAUUAAAUCUGCUCACGCAGGUGAGCCAUGCCAAAAGACAGCCUUUUGACUUUAAUUGCCUUGACCUUUAGACCAAGGGACAGAAUUGUGUUUGUAUGACCAGCAGCCUUCAGCCCUUCCCUCCUCCUCCUCUUUCUGUCCUAUACCUGUCUCCAGUCAACCUGACUUUUGGAUGCUUCCCAUUUUCCUCUGCAGUGCCCCAUUCCAAGCUUCCUCUUGCACUUGUAGGCAGAGCACAAGGCCAGGGCUGAUGCCCAUUAUAACACUUAGCUUCAGGUGACUUACCUAAGAUGCAUGAGAACACUGUAAAUGCUUAAUAACCAUGUAAAAGCCUUUUUCCCCUUCCCUGCUUCUGUUUCACUUCAGUCGCUCUUAACACUGCUUUGGCUCUGCUCCAUUUUGCCUCCCUGGCAUAGGUUGGUUGUUACGAGCAGCAAGGCAAUUUUUUCUACACCUUUGCAAUAACCAUUUAUGACCUUUUUAAGGAGUGGGGGAGUGGUGAUCUAAGUCCUGUGUGUUAUGCUGCAAUCACAGUGCUGCAGGCAUUGCUGUUGUCACGUGCUUUCCUCACCCUGGGCACUAUGGGGCCUGGAUAACAGCAAAAUUGGUGCCAGUUGCCUUAGAGGGGGUACCUUGCUGACAGGUCCAGGCUGAGCUAACACCCUGGCAUGUUGCUGACAUAGUAUGCUGUUGGAAGUGAUGUCACAUGGAGGUAAUUCAGCAAAGCACUGUUGGUCAACUAUGAUCAGUUAAAAUAGCACUUCACUUUAGUGGUCUCAAAAAUAAAAUAAUGCUGCUGGUAUCCUG